AUGUCUGCGGUGGAAGCAGAUACCGACUCUCAGAUUUCGAAAGCCAAGUCCAUCCUGUAUUCCGCUGCAGACACAAAGGCAGAGGACAGUGAUGCUGUCGUCGGAGCGCUAUUGGAUCUUGAAAAGUUGAUGAGAAUUAAGAAUAAGGAAGACGAUCAACAAAUGCAAAAGACUUUUGAAGCACUCUCGGGAAACGGUGGUGGUUCUUGGCGUUUGAUCUUCACAACUGGAACAGUGAACACUCAGGAGAGAACCGGAAGAAUCAACUACUUCCCCAUUAAGGCUACUCAAUCUUUCAACGCUGCCGAGGAUCCGUGGUUGAUUGAGAACGGUUUGUAUGCAGGAGAAUUCCCUUUAGUAAAGUUCAAAGGUGACUUCACCUGGAUGGCUUCUCAGAAGAGUGGUGUGACCAAGGUUGAGUUUGAUUUCAGUAGCAUCAAGUUGUUCAACACCUGGGACAUCAAGCUUGGGUCCGGAGAGGCUGCCAGUUUGGGAGCUAAAUCUGGUCUUGGAAGUGAAGGAAACGUCCAACUCGAAAAGAAGGGUAAAAGAGCCUUCUUCAACUGGAUUUCAGCGGACGAAAAAAUCGCAACAGCACGUGGAGGUGGUGGAGGUCUAGCUCUGUGGAAGCGUGUUGACUACGAAGGUGGGAAGUAA